AUGGCGGAAACGGCCUCCGCCCCAACAACAGCACCCGCGACCAGCGCGCCGGGUGCACCAGCAAGCGGCGCAACAGCAGGAGCACCCAAUGCGCCGAACGAGCAGAACACCGCCAAUCGAGGGCUACCAUAUUACGAGAAGUUACGGCGAGAGCUCAGAGAUACAUUGGCGAAGAAGCGACUGAUGGACAAGAGCAUGGCCCAACUCGAAGACCAAAUCUUUCGCUUUGAACAAUCCUACCUCGAAGAGACAACCGCUGGGAACAUCAUCAAAGGAUUCGAUAACUACAUCAAGGGCUCAGCCAAUACAUCCAGUCUUGGUGCUUCAGGGCUGGGUAUUGGGUCUGGUGUUGGAGCGCGCCGCAAGGCUCAAGUGACGGAUUCGGAUCGGGUUUUCUCGCGAAGUUCGGCGAGCUACAUGUUGGAUUCACCAGGUCCCUCGUCUGCACAAACCACGCCUUCCCAUGCUGCUACACCUACUUCCACUGCGGGUGGCAACGCACUCUCUACAAAUAGCAACGGUGCGUCUGCAUCCGCUAAGAACGCAUCUGUGUCUUCGAAGAAUAAGAAGAAGUCUGGCGGAUCGAAGAAUACCAAGGGGAAGAACCAGACGGAGGAGUUCUCUGAUGAUGGGGAUAAACCUCCUGUUAAGCGGUUGAAAAUUAGUUACGGACGUGACUAG